UCCCGCUCCCACUCGGUCGCCUCGUCUCCUCCGCCUUCUCCCCUGCCUCUCCUCCCCCUGCCUCCCCACUCGAGUAGCACACGGCCAAAUCACGCCCGCGCCCUCGCCUUGCCACAUCCUCUGUGCCGCCAUGCCGUCACACCACCUCAACUACCGCCCUUGGUUCCCGAUGCAGCCUCCUGCCGGGCGUCCUAUUCUACGACGCUGGACAACGGCAGGCCCGCACACUCGAGAGGCGUCGGCGUCAUUGAUGGCGGCGACUUCAGCCCUAUCUCUCUCCCCAGCCCUAUCUCUCUUCCCUGACCCUCUUGAUGGUCAGAGGGGUGACGGGGUGGAUCGGGUGGCGGAGAUGGCGGAGUUCGGGCUGGAGCGCUCACGGGAUGGAGGUCUCAUCUCGCGCUACCUCGGCACCACCAUGGGCUGCACCGGUGACCGGCCCCAACAGGUGCACAUGAACAGCAAGGUGUGUUUGGCGUCGUACUUGGCCGUGGUGCAGAAUAUCUUGUGGUUCUACCCAAGGGUUGACACCGAGCACCGGGGCGAACUGCAGAGGUAGCGUCCCGCGUCCUUUGUCAACGUCCAUAGCAUCAAGGACCUCCUCACGCCCCUGUGCAGAUGGCGCUCGCUCGUGAUCACAGGAAACCGGAUGACGCAUGUGCCCAUUGUCUAUCAUCGACGACAAGGUUGGUUCUGUGUUAAGGCCCUGCAUCCUCAGGUAAGAGGCCAUGAUUCAUAAGGCAGGUACUAAUUGCAUCUUCAUCUCUAUUUUCAUUUGGUCUCGAUUUCUUUCACUUGGUGCUGCACAAGAUCAGGUCAGUUUGGAACCUCUGCCUCCCAAAUUCCUACGACAGAAAAGAUGCCCUUUCCAAGUACUACUUCAGCUUUUCUAUUGGAUGGAUAACAAUAAAACGACAACAAAUAUCUAUCAGGUAAUUGGCCCCAAGCUUUCAAUUUAUACUCUUGCUUUUAAAUAACAGGGAAAAUGUUAUUUCCUGAAAUUUUGCAUUAUAGGCCAGAAUAUUCAUAGAUCGUGAUUGAUAGCUUAUCUGGCGUUCUUCCUUACAAUAUCCUAAUUUAAUUUUAUAUGAUGUAAGCUUGCUCUGUUAACCGUUCUCCGUGUUUAUGAAGAAAAUUUUGCGUUAAGUGCUACUUUCGGCAUGAUUUUUUUUUUGAUUUCUGAUGUUCAUGUCAAGUAGGUCAUACUCUCCUUCUAGAUAUCUUAGGGUUCAGACUUAAAUGAAUAGAUGUGACCAUAUCAAAUGUGCAAAGUAGAGGAAGUCGUAGUGAACAUUCAUAAGCUUGAUCUUGUGCUGGAUAAGAAAGAUUCAGAAAACUAUUAUGAAAUGGUCGCUGGAGCUUUACUGCUCCUUGUAUGCACUGCAAGAAUUAUUGUGCAAGGGUAGCCAGCUGCGCAUUUGUUGUUUUCCCAAUCAUUUAAUAAUAUUAGUUAUAGUGGAUGCUGAUAUGAUGUUUAUACCAUUUGAGGUACCUAUUCUUUUACAAAGCAUCUGAAAAUACUUAAGGUUCUUAUAAACAAGAGAGAUAUGGAGGGAGGGAGGAAAAUUCAAUUUGUGUCCUACUUUUAUAUAAUUCAUCCAACUACAUUUUCACUCCCUUAAUAGAGCUUGGAUAACUUCCAGACUGUUUAUUAACUUAGCCAUGCUUUCCGCUAUUUUUUUUGUGAAGCCACUGUUCUAUUUA